AUGUGUUGGAGAGAGUUGCCAAAUCUUGUCUUCAUUAUGGAGACAAAAUUGGAGUCUAGAAGAGUAGAGAGAGUUCGGAAGAAAUGUGGAUUUACAGAAGGUGUAGAGGUAAGCAGUAGUGGCAGAGCUGGUGGUCUUGCUCUUUGGUGGAGAGAUAUAAUGACCAAUAUGGUUUCUUUCUCCCAGAACCAUAUAACGGUGGAUGUGGUAGGAACUGACAAUAACCCUGUGUGGAGGGCGAUUGGUUGGUCUUUUUUUGGCGACUUUAAUGAAAUUCUAACAGAUGAUGAGAAGGUGGGAGGUGUUCCGAGAGCUGAACGGUGUAUGGAUGGAUUUUGCGAGGCGAUGGAUAGUAUGGGUGUGAGAGACUUGGGCUUUAAAGGAUGCAAAUUUACAUGGAAGAGAGGCUUAUCGGUCUCAAAUCUUGUCAGGGAAAGAUUGGAUAGAGGCUUGGCUAGUGAAGGCUGGUGUACCCUAUUUCCUGGUGCAAGUGUCAUUAAUUCUCCUAUUGAUGUAAAACUUUCUGAUCAUGGCCCUAUUGUCAUCAAGGUGGAUGGUAGUGCAGAUGGUGGGAGGAACAAGAAGUUGUUCAGAUUUGAGAAGCACUGGCUUUCGAGAACUGAGUGUGAGGGCGUUGUUAAAGACUAUUGGAGUAGUGCCUACAAUGACCCAAUACAAACAAAAAUUGCAGGGUGUGCGGUUGCUCUCAGCUCAUGGGCUGGCAAGACCUUUGGUGAUAUUAAGAAGAGAAAGAGGAAGGCAGAGGAAGAGCUCAAAGAAAUACAGAAGGGUGCCAUGGAUGAUGUUGGGUUGUCCCGGUGCAAACGCCUAUCAGAAAAGUUAGCUGAACUCCGUUUGAUGGAGGAGUCGUACUGGUAUAGCAGGGCUCGUGCGUGGACCUUAGAUGGAGAAGAAGCAUUAAAGGGGUUAUCUUGUAUGAUUACGGAGGAGAUGAACCAAACACUUUGCGCUGCUCCCACAAGUGCAAAGAUAUCUAAAGCUUUAUUUGAAAUGCAUCCGAACAAAGCCCCUGGGAUCGAUGGCGAAGGAUUAAUUCAUGGGGUGGUAUGCCAUGGUGCUCCUAAUAUAUCUCACUUGUUUUUUGCGGACGAUAGCAUCUUUUUCUCUAGAGCUAACAUAAAUGAAUGCUCCAAGAUUGCAAAUAUUCUCACUAUUUUUGAGUCUGCGUCUGGUCAAAAAAUCAAUCUUAGUAAGUCGGAGGUGUCUUUCAGCAAGAAUGUGAGGCCGGAUAAGAGGAAAGAUAUUUGUGAGUUACUUGGUGUUGGGGAGGUAGAAAAACAUGAGAAAUAUUUGGGCAUACCUACCAUUAUCGGCAAAUCAAAGAAUAUUAUCUUUGCAAGUUUGAAGAGUAGGAUUUGGAAGAAGUUACAGGGUUGGAAGGAAAAACUCAUGUCAAAAGCAGGAAAGGAGAUUCUCCUAAAAUCUGUAGUGCUGGCCAUCCAGACAUACUUAAUGGGUGUGUUCAAGUUGCCAGGCGGACUGCUAGAUGAUAUUCACUCUGUGAUGGCUCGGUUUUGGUGGGGUAAUGGUGGUGACGGCAAAAUGCACUGGAAAUCAUGGGAGUACUUGUGCCGUCCAAAAUCCCGGGGAGGAAUGGGUUUUCGAGAUUUAAGGGUAUUUAAUCAAGCCCUGUUAGCGAAACAGGGGUGGCGACUCAUACAUGACAGGGAUACUCUACUAUACAAGGUUCUCAAAGCUAAGUAUUUUAAGUCCUCUGACUUUAUUGAGGCUCGGAGGGGGUUUGAUCCAAGUUAUACUUGGAGAAGCAUUUGGGGAGCAAAAUCCCUUCUGUUGGAAGGCUUAAUAUGGAGGGUGGAUAAUGGGUUGGAUAUUAAAGUAUGGAGUGACAAAUGGUUACCUAGGGAGACAGGUAACGAAAUACCCAUUCCCCCAGCUAAUGGACUACAUGAUCCUGAUCUCAGAGUAAGUGACAUCAUUGAUCAUCAAACUGGGCAGUGGGAUGUUAGGGAGAUGGGGCUGCACCUUGCAGCUACGGAUAUUGCUGAUAUAAUGAAUAUCCCCCUUCUUCCGUCACCUAGUCCUGACAUACCAGUCUGGAAAUUCACAAAGAACAGAGUUUUUUCUGUAAAAUCUGCAUACUGGUUCGGUAUGGAUAGCCCAUCUAGCGCUGAGAACUUGCAUAAUGAGGACUAUUGGAAGCCCCUUUGGUGCAAUGUGGAUGAGGAAUCAGUUGUCCAUGCUAUAUUCCAAUGUCCUACAUCCUGUAAAGUGUGGGAGGAAAGCCCAUUCAGAGACCACGUAGAAGCCAUUGAUGAGGAUGAUUUUUGCUCUUUACUGUCUCACUGGUUGCGGAACUUCUCCAGAGAGCAAUUCAGUAGGUUCGCUACCAUUAUGUGGGCAAUGUGGCUGUGCAGGAACAAAAUGAUUUUUGAGGACUCAACUCAAAACCCUCAUGAUGUUGCAAUUGGGCUGUUGAAAUUUGUUGCUGAGCACAAUAGCUACACAGCCAAGGAUCCCAGUAUUGCUGAAGCUGCAGCGGUGUUAUAUGGGGUUCAAUUGGCCAUCCAGAAUGGGUAUACGAAGGUAUGGGUUGAGAGUGAUGCAGCUAAUAUUAUACAGAAGCUCAACGUCCAUGUUCAGGAGCUGUCGUACUUGUAUUUGUUUAUUGAGAGGAUCCUACUGUUAGUUCCGAAUUUUAGCUACUUUAAAUGUAGUCAUGUGAGGAGGAAUGGUAACACCGUGGCUCAUCUGUUAGCCAGGUCGUGUACCCGUGAUGUACCUGAACAAUGUUACUUUGAGUCUUUUCCGGAAGGUGUACUUCGUCUUGCGGAAUUGGACAUUAAUUAA